AACCCAUCCCAGCACGCCCCAACCCAACCAAGAAAGCAACAGUUUUCUCUGUUUCUCUACCCCGCAAAGUAGUAUCAGCCUCUCUCUCAGGAGUUUGUUUUGCAGAAGGGGAAUGUGUCCUCUAAGGUUCAUAUUGGUGUUCUUGUCAGCGGUAUUGGCAGGGUAUUUUGCAUGGAGUACAGUUCGUUCAUCUCAGGAAAAUGCUCUGGUUUCUGAAGAUUCAUGCCCACAAACUACAUCAUCAUCAUCUAAGGAUAAACAAGAACUCAACUUCAAAACGAUGGUUGCAGAUGGGUUCUGGGUAUUUGUUGACAUGGCCAGUGGGAGGUACCUGUGGAGGAAUCUGAAGGGGAAGUGUCAUGAGGAUGUGAAGAACUCUUAGAAUUUAGUGACCCAAAAAGACCCCAUCUAAUAUUUCUGUGUAUUCUUCCUAUUCUUUUGUGUGUGUUCAUGUACAAUGAAGUAGACAUGGGGGCUGUACAUUUCGAACUAUUCUGCAAAUGCAAAAUGUACAUUUCAAAUGCAACUAAUAUUUCUCUGUGAUGAA